AUGGCGCCGGGCGGGCGGAUGUUGCUGUGUGAGGAGAAGAUCCGGGAGAAGAGCGGCCUGGCGCCUCACUGCGACCUGGCUGAACUUCGGUCAUUAUCUAUUCCUGGAACUUACCAAGAAAAGAUUACUCACCUAGGAAAUUCUUUGAUGAAUUUAACAGGUCUAAAAUCUCUAGAUCUCUCACGAAACUCCUUGGUUAGUCUAGAGGGCAUUGAGUGCCUGACGGCGCUGGAGAGCCUCAACCUUUACUACAACCGCAUCUCCUCGCUGGCGGAGGUCUUCCGGCUCCACUCCCUGGCAGCACUCUCGGAUGUGGACUUGCGGCUGAACCCCGUGGUAAAGAGCGAGUCUGACUACCGCCUCUUCGUGGUGCACAUGCUCCCGGGACUCCAGCAGCUGGAUGACCGCCCUGUGAGGGAGAGUGAGCGGAGAGCGUCCCGGCUACAUUUUGGUCCAGAGGAAUCGCUGGACUCAAAGCAGAGCUUCCCGUCUGUUUUCAGAGAAGAAAGACCUCACCACUCCAGGGUCAAGUGCACUGACCCCUCCGCCAAAAAGGGCUUGGUCAUGGACGCCGAUGACGAGGCGGUCCUGAACCUCAUUGCCGAGUGCGAGUGGGACCUCAGCAACCCUCCUGGGAGCAUGAGUUCCAGCCAGAAGGAAUCAGAGGCCAGCCUCCAGAGCUCCCAAGAGUCGCGGCACCGACUGAGCCCACAGUCAGUCCAGCACCAGUGCGGGGACUACCUGUGGAAAGGCCCUGAGAGGCGCAGGAGCAGCUCCAGGGCGGGCUGUGUGGAGCCGAGGCUGCAGGACCAGCGCUGCGGCGAGCUCCCACCGCAGCACUUCGCCCCAGACUCCACAGAGACUGAGGAUUCCGGCGCUUCUUCUCAGAAGUCCAGUGUGUCGACACAAAAGAUGUCAAACCCCUUGCCUGCUCCUGAGAAGUACAGGAAGCGGAGGAUGCCUGGCGGGAGGUUCCAGGUGCCCGUGGACGAGGCGUGUCUCAGCUCUCUGGAGGGGAGCCUGAGUGUGAGCCGGAGGAGCAGCUCGGAGGGCUGGGGCGAGGCCGCCUCUUCCCUCUCGGCUACCCCGGGACCCGAGACCCCAAGGCCACCCAGCGCGAGCGAGGCAUGUCCCAAACUGCACUCCGCCGUGCUGCCCAGGAAGAAGGCCACCCUGGAGAUGCUGAUCCUGGAAGCGCUCCUCGACCUGGUGGACAUGCACUGGAAUGGCCGUGGGUCCCUGCACAGCAGUGAAGUCUUCCUUGCUCAGGCGAGACACAUUUUGUCAUCUGCUCAAGAGUUCACAGCCACUCAGGACACUUCGACAGCUGCGCGUGAAGGAAUUAGCUCCCUGACUCUGGAAAAUAAGUCUCUGCACAGUCGCCUUGCUGAGCUGCAGCAACAGUACGGCCUGAAGAUGGCUGAGGUGGUGUUGGAGCUCAGCGACACGCGGAAGGACAUGGAUUACCUGAGGCAGCAUCUGGACAGAUCUCUGGAGGAGAGCAGUAGCUUGAAGUCGCUUUUGUUCAGCAUGAAGAAAGACGUGAGGACCGCUGAUGCUCCGUCCACGCUGAACCUGCAGAUCUCCGGACUCCAGGCGAGCGUGAAGCGGCUCUCAGGCGAGCUCGUGGAGCUGAAGCAGCACCUGGAGCACUACGACAAGAUCCAGGAGCUCACGCAGAUGCUGCAGGAGAGUCACAGCUCGCUGGUCAGCACCAACACACGCCUGCUGCAGGAGCUGGACCAGGUGCGCGCACAGCACCAGGCCGAGGUGCAGCAGCUGCACUGGAGCUACAAGGAGCUCAAGAAGACCCUUGCGCUGUUCCCCAGCAGCCCCCGAGACGCGAGGCCUGCCUCCCAGCCGCGCGCCCUAUGA